CCAACUUGGUUUGCUGACAACGAGUUGGCUGCGCCUCCAGUCGACAACAACAUUUGGCAACAUUUGCUGCAAAAAGCCGCGUUUUUUGUUGUUCGCUACAAUAAAUAAAAGAAAAUAAACAUGUUUGAUGUAGAGCCAAUCAUUGCCGACCACAAAGAUGUUAUACACGACGUAGUGUUUGAUUAUUACGGUCGCCGCAUGGCAACCUGCUCCAGCGAUCAGACUGUAAAGAUAUGGGACGAGGACGAGCAGGGCAAAUGGUCUGUAACGAGCAGCUGGAAAGCGCACUCGGGCUCCAUAUGGCGUGUCUCGUGGGCAAAUCCCGAGUUUGGCCAGGUCAUUGCCACCUGCUCCUUCGAUCGCACUGCAUCCGUUUGGGAGGAAGUCAUGGGCGAAAAGGUGUCCACAACAAAUGCACCGACACGACGCUGGGUGAGACGCACAACGCUCGUUGAUUCACGCACCAGCGUCACAGAUGUGGAAUUCGCACCCAAAUAUCUGGGCCUGCUCUUGGCCACCGCCUCUGCGGAUGGCAUUAUACGCAUCUACGAAGCGCCGGACAUCAUGAACUUAUCCCAGUGGCCAGUGCAGCAUGAGAUUGCCAAUAAAUUGUCACUCAGCUGCCUGUCAUGGAAUACAUCUACCUAUAUGGUGACACAGCUGCUUGCCGCCGGCAGCGAUGAAUCAGCCACGCCCACGGGCAAAGUGUUUCUCUUUGACUACAGCGAAAAUGCCCGAAAGUGCGUCAAAAUUGAGACUGUCAAUGAUAUAACCGAUCCGGUGACCGAUGUUGCCUUUGCACCAAAUGCCGGACGCACCUUCCACAUGCUCGCCGUGGCUAGCAAGGAUCUCUAUAUUGUCAACAUACGUGGCGUGACAGAUGCGACGGGCAAAUCGAAAUUGGAGAUGCAAACGCUCAAGUUCAGCGAGCACAACUGUCCCGUUUGGCGCGUCUGCUGGAACAUGCUGGCCACCAUGCUCAUCUCCACCGGCGACGAUGGCUGUGUGAGGAUUUGGCGUAUGAACUACACAAGACAAUGGAAAUGCGCUGCCGUGUUAAAGGCCGAGGGAAGUGGACCAACAUAUGAACCCAAUCCGACUACUCCAACGCUAGCGACUACAGCCUCGGCCACUGCCAAGUUCUACAAGAAGGGCACCAUUGGCAACCAGGUGCCUUGGCAUUAACCCUCGCAACUGUGUGUGUGUUGAAUUUUGUUGAACGUAUAAAUAAAUUAAAAUUAUAAGCUAAA